GCAGCAGAGUCCAUCUCACUCUCAAUCUCUCUGCUAAUGAAUGGAGUUUAUAGGCCUGUUGAGGCAUGGCUGGGAGGGAGCCAGCCAUCUGUUUAAGACCCAAUCACAUCAAGUCAUCGGCCCUCUGUGACGUGUGAGGAACGUCUCUCUCUAUCUUAUCAUCUUGCAGGUGCCUACUUGCCCAAGCUGGUGCAGCUGAAAAUGAACAACAGUAUGAUAAUGUCAGUGAGGGACCUGGGAACCACGCUGUCCCAUCUGCAGGUGCUGUGGAUGUCUCGCUGCAACCUGGCAGACCUGGAUGGGAUUCCCUCCUUCUCCUCUCUCAAGGAGCUGUAUGUGGCCUACAACAGUGUGUCGGACCUGAGUCAGGUGAGCAUGCUGGAGAAUCUACAGCUGUUGGACCUGGAAGGGAAUGAUGUGAAUGACCUGGUGCAGGUGCAGUACCUGGGCCUCUGCUCCCAGCUCCGCACACUUACCCUGGAGGGAAACCCCGUCUGUAUGUGCCCCCACCCCAACGCCACACAGAUACAACCACCCCCCCCUUUCUUUUGUGGAUGCUGUCUUCUCCUUUUCCCAGGAGGAGGAGGAGGGGUACUGCUACCGGUCAUCGGUGAGGGAGCUGGUCCCACAGCUGCGUUACCUAGACAAUAUGCAUGCCAGGGAGGAGGCGGGGUCUCGCUGCAGCAUCUCAAUGGGGGAAGACUGGGCCCUGCUCAGAGAGUCUUUUACAGACUGCAGCUCUACAGAGACAGCAGAGGAGAAGAGAGCAGUCAGUGUGUGUGCCUACUCCAGACCCAGCUCUGGCCAGCGCCUAGCUAGCAGCCUCUCCAGUUCCCGUCCCUCCAGCCGACCGGUCACUGCCAGGCCCCUCUCAGCAGCCGGCUCCAGACCCCUGUCUGGGUCACGACCCUUAUCAGCGGCUGGGUACAGAGCCCUCUCCCCUCCCGGGUCCAGAUCUGGUUCUACUGAUGCAGAUCCAGUCUCUGUGGACCCAGACGCUAGCAUUCUGACACACGGUGCAGGGAAGGUCUUGUUCUGUGGGAGCCCUGUCCAGGCCCUCAGAGCCAGGCGACAGAAGAUGAGGAAUGCAGCCCCCUCCCCUGUGUCCACUCCUAGCACCCCGCCCCUCCAUGAUCCGGAGCACACCUAUGACCUUGAGGAGCAAGAAGGAUGCCAGCGCAGUGAUGUGUUCUCUGAGCUCAGGGCCUGGAGGGAACAGCAUAACAAACGUCUAUUAGCCAUGGAGAGGGAUGGGCCUCAGAUACUGACCAUCCUCAAUGGUGAUGAAGAGGAGGAUGAUGAAGAUGAUGAAAGUCUCAGCAUUUUCAGUGGCAAGGAGGAAGAAGAGGAGGGAAAAAAAGAGAGCGCUGGUUUGAGUCACUGGUUAAACAUUGACUCGGCAGACUCGUCUUCCCAGUCCCCCUCUCCAGAUGUGUUUCAGAGAGAAGCCAAAUCCCCUGAAGUGGCCCGGCUCUCCCUGUCCCCUGACUGCACUCUGUCGCCCUCUCCCCCUCAAAGUGCCACAUCAGCCCCUGGUAGCCGGAGGCUGUCAAUGCUGCGAGCACACAGACUGAGGCUCAGUGGUGGGGUGGCUGGGGCUGCUGUAAGGCCAGCUGAAUAUCAUACAGACUCAGAGACGAUCACAGGAGUCCCCAUCUUGGAGAACCAGGGGCUCCAGGAGGCUGUGAGGCCCAAAGUCCCUCUGCUGCCCAAGGCUACUUACAACAUGCCCCACAGGCCAGCCUCCAGCCCACUGGUCAGAAGGCUCAGGUCACCAACAGGUGGAGCUUCUGUGCAUUCUGUCAACGGGCUUCAACCAAUCGUCUUGAGCAGACCACCAGGGAGGCCGGCCAUUAUGCGUCCUCACGCGGCCAAGGCAGCACUGCAGAAAACGCCACAGCGCCUCACACUCCAGCCCAGCAGGGGGAACUCUCACUUAGACUAAGCCACACACUGUGUGGGAUUGUUUCCUGAGAGGGGAACACUCAAAACAGGAGCUGAGGCAGAGAUGGAACGGAGGCAAAUAUAGAGAUUGUCCUCCAGGUCCCCGCUCUUCUGAGCUGAGCUAUCUUGUGAUGUGAAGACUUCCUAAGAGUGCAGUGACAAGUCUCCCUCUAUGUUAUGUUUAGGAAAGAGGACCCUGGGGGCUGGAUUACAUCCAACUGUCACCUGGAGAAUGCAACAUAAAAGCUGUUGAAUCCAAGUGUGAACUUGCUAUCUCAGUGUUCUGACUUCCUCUGAUGGACAGUUAGAGAAUCACCUGCAUCCCUCUGCUCUCUCAGCUCAGCACAGUACAGUACUUACAAUGACUCUGAUACUGAGCUCACAUUGGCUUUACUAAGGACAACAGCUCUAUUUGAAAAGGUUUAUAGUUUGGUCGAAGAUAUAUUUCUUGGAAUGGCCUUUAAUUUGAAUUAGUAUGCUUUUCACAAUGCUGAAUUGUUGUGGGACUUAAGUGUGUUUCACAUGUCUCAUUCAUGUCUUAUAUCUGUGUUUUUCAGUUUGAAUUACAUUUUGUACUGUUUUUAUUCACUCAAAUACUACCUUAUCCACACCUUAAAUAAAAACAUAGUUUGAUCAA